AGGAGGUGAAAAACGUACACAACCAAGAUGGCGUCCGCCGGCGAGGCAACGGUGAAUGCUUCACACGUGGGGAAAAAGAAGAAGGUAAACACGUUAAACAGUUGCAAGAGGGCAUCCUUUUGUAAAACGUUUGGUUUCACUACUUGAUUAAUAUUUGCGCGUUGUUUAUUGAGGUUAAAUCACACAAUUUAGUAUUAGCAAAGGUGGACUAGCAUCUUGCUGCUAACGACAGUACCGUCUGUACGAGGCGAGAUUAAGAAAAAUCCAUAAGAGUCUGUCUUUUCGUUGAUUUAUUUAUGUAAUAUUCAUUUGUGUUUGUGUUUCUGUCUUUCAGAGUGCUGCUCGUUAUUGGGAAAACCCGCAGGGAGAAAGCAAAGAUGAAAACAAGGAUGUAGAAGAUGGAGAUCAGACAGAAACUACAGAGAAAGUGGAUCAGAAAAAGACUCAAGAAGCAAAGAAAAGAAAACAAGAAGAAAAUGACAUGGCUGGGAAGAAAUUUAUAUCAGGGGUAAGACUCUUUACUGACCCACAAGUGCUCAUUUUCAGCAAAGUGUGACAUCGCAGAGACUUUUACUUAUUUGUAUCAUUCUGCAAUAACCAAAUAUUUAAAGAUAUUACCCUAACUCCCACUACUAAGUCUCUGUGAAUAUUCAAGGUGAGAUGUACAUGAAAAUAAUUAGCUAUCACCACCUAUAAGAUAGUGUUUCAAGACCAAAUUAUGCAUUUAUUCUAAUUCAUAUUAGUGCACAGUUAUCUUCUAAAAUACAACCCUAUUGUGCAAAACAUCAAAUUGUGUGACAGAUUGCGUCACAGCAAGUGGUCAACACGUGUUUUUUGUCAUGAUCAAUACUGAUGAUUUUGAUGCCAGCUGGCUUGUGGCUGAUGCAUGUUACUAUUAUUCUGUUGAUCAAAUUUAACGACUAAAUAACUGAAUUAAAUGGAAACAAAGUUGCUGAACUAAAAUGCACAUUUCAGUAAUAAAUAGAAAAGUAUGUGGAAUUCCUGUCCAGCUUCCUGUAACGUUUAAUAAAGAAUAAAAAGUGGGUGAAUAUUUGAGUAAGUAAAAGACCUCAAAGUCGUUUGUUUUUCUUGCACGCUGCAGUUACAAAACACAGUUAUAUUUUCCAGUAACAUAUCUUAGAUGGAUUUGUAAUUCAUUCAGGAAAAAGAGAAAUACCUCGGGUUGUGUAAUAGAUUUAAGAGCAUGACUGAUAUUUUUACGGUAUAAGUAACAUUUAUCUGCAAUAUUCUACACAUAAAAACAAACUUGAUAUCUAAAAAGUAACCAGUUAACGUAGAUUUGAUAUGCUGUCAUGAAGGGAGAGGGAAAUAGAUUUAAAAAGAUGAUAUCAGUUUUGUGAGGCAUCCACAAAUGCCAAUUAUUAAAAAUUUAGUUAAUCAGCCUGAUUACUCAUCCAGCCGUUUAAUUAGUCUAUUUCUGAAUUUUACCCAUGAUAUAGUGCCCAACAAUGUAAAAAAAAAAGUGUAUUUAUGAUUGAUAUUCUCACUCUGUCAGAAAUCAGACCCUUUUCCUGGGCCUGCUCCUGUUCCAGAGGACCGAAUUCAGAAGUUCAAGAGGAAAAACAAAAAUAAAAUGGUAAGCAACCAAGUGUCUUCUUUUUAUCAUUUCCGUCAAAUUUGAAGAGACUACACUUUGCAGCUAGCUAACAUUUCAUCUUUCAAUCAUUCCCUCUUAGCCAAGACCUCAUCCCAAACUGAGAGACAUAAUCAGACAAUCAGAUAAGGCUUCAGAGAUGUCCCAGGAACAAGCUGCCCGCUUUGAUCUCCUCCUCCCAGAGGAUGCUGGGUAAUGUCCUUCAAAAACUACGUGCUACUGUGUGAAUCAGCGAUGAUGAUGAUGAUGAUGUUCUAACCGUACAAAUCCUACUUUGAUUGUAGUCUGAGAGCCAGAUUGUUAAUCUUUCCUUUCCUACCUCAGGUUUCUUGAAGGUGAUGAAGGUGAAGACACGUGUAUGAUCUCACAGGAAGACAUUGCCAAUGCUGUGGAUAUAACAUCUGGGGCAAAGGUGAGACACUGACUCAGAUGGUGAAGAUGAUUUCAGUCCCACUCCUGAUGGAUGAAGUUAUCUUUUUUUUUUAAUUUUGCUGGGCACGCGUGACACUGCAGGUUUGUAUAUCUUUGAGACAAAAAUAGCAAGGUUCAGGGAAUGUGUGAUUCACAAUAACUGACCAGGGAACAUUAAAAGCACAAGUUGUUCCCAACUAGUUUACUUAUAAAGGAGUAAUAUGGGAUAAAAAGUUCUCACUUCCUCACCCCAUGUUGUGUUUCUCUCGUUGUUUGCAGGUAGAAUAGUUUUCUCUAUCUUAAGAAAUGUUAUAUUUAAAUAAAUGCUAAUUGUGUGAAACUUGAUUGUCAUAAUUGUGGGAGUCAGUCAUAAGCAGGAGGUGCCAGACAGUUUUUUGGAUUAUCUUGAAAUUGGAUUGUUGCUGUUGUUGCUCUGAUUUAUUUAUUUGUGUAUUUUUAUUUUCAACCACCUCUCUAGCAUUUUAACCUGAAACUGUCCCAGUUUGGACCAUACCGUGUGGAUUACAGCAAGACUGGACGGUCAGUAUCAUACUCUCCAUAUUGAAAUAGGUUUAUCUUUGAGUGUCUUACAUGUAACUCAUCCAUCUUUAUAUAUUAGAUAAUUUAAUUGAAUAUAAUUAAAGACAACAGAUAUAGUUUAUUAAUUUACAGGAAGACCACCGUGGCUAGUGAUAUGAGUUAGCUUGCCCAGCAUUAAAAAAGCCCAGAUAGUUUAAUAAGAAUAGUUUUGACACUGAUAGUUGGUAUGUGAACCAGCAUUUUCUCAAAUUUUUGACUAAAUAGAAAAUAAAUUUGCAUUAGAUUCCACCAGGGUGGACAUUUUCACUUAUACUGCCUGACAGAGCCUCUUAUCCUCACAGUCUUCACUACCAAGGCUUUAUUUGAUGCACACCUCGUUGCCUGUCCCGUGCUCUUUUUCAUUUUUCACUGCUCCAUAUAUUUGUGUCACAUCAAGCAUAGCUCACACCGCAAACACAGAUGUCCGCUUGUAAAGGGACUUGAAACAGAGGAGAGCCAUUAGGGACGUUUCACUUACACUUAUGCUCCUUAUUCUGGGACAGGUCAGACUGAGGCUGAUGAUACACAAACUCAGCAGACACUCAUAAAUCAUCAUUACAUUAUCAAUUUAGAGUCUGCGUGGGUCCACUUGAUGCACAUUUUUGUUUUUAACAGUGACGCACUUGAAAAUAGAUGCAUAAGAGCCCUUUAUCUGAGAAGGACUGCAGGCUUUGGUGACAUUUAAUAGAAAGUUGUUUUAGAGUUUUGACAUUAUAACGUGUGAAAGUUGUAAACAGUGUGUCCUCUUCAUUUCAGUCACCUGCUGAUCGGUGGAAGACGAGGCCAUAUUGCUUGCCUUGACUGGCAGUCCAAACAGCUGAUGUGUGAGAUAAAUGUGAUGGAGUCCGUCAAUGAUGUAAAGUCAGUAAAGUCAUCCUGCUUUGGUUUUACCAUCAUGCUGUACCUUCCAUAAUAGCGAACAGUCUUCUCAAACAAUAUGUUUCUAAUCUCUUCUUCAUUCAGGUGGCUUCAUAGUGAAAGCAUGUAUGCAGUGGCUCAGAAGAAGUGGCUGUAUAUCUAUGACUCCCGUGGAAUAGAGCUUCACUGCAUCCGAAAAUUCAACGAUGUCCUCCGCAUGCAGUUCCUCCCUUACCACUUUCUGCUCGCCACAGCAGUGAGUUCAUUCGUACCCUUGUUUGAAGCUUUGAUCACACAAGUCUCAUUUUAUUUUCCCUCAUUUAGGUGGAGGUAUUAUCCGUUAAUCAUUGAGCUCUGACAAACUUCAAACUCGUCUGUCUUCUCUUCAGAGUGCGACAGGUUUCCUACAGUACCUCGAUGUGUCCGUGGGGAAGGAGGUAGCGGCCAUCUGCACCAAGACUGGCCGUAUUGAUGUGAUGUGCCAGAAUCCCUAUAACGCCAUCAUCCACCUUGGCCACCACAACGGCACGGUCAGUCUGUGGUCGCCCAAUCAGAAAGAACCUCUCGUCAAGAUGCUCUGUCACCAGGGCAACGUGCGCUCAGUCGCUGUCGACAAGUCGGGCACGUGAGUCACCUUUAAAACUUGGAGAAACAUGGAUGUCAGAUUUUAUGCAUCGAGGGAAGCUGUUGAUAAUGAUCUAUAUAAUAUGUUCUCAGUAUUUCCAACAGUUUGUCAGAGUACAUAAUUCACUUCAUUCUCAAGGAGUGUUAUAACACAAUAUUCAACAGAAUAUACUGCAUAAUGUGUCUACAACUUUACACAUAAUUCCUAAAAUAAAGUCAGAACAGAUGGCUUUCAAGUGUUUGUUGAGCAUUAACCUGCAGUUCCCUCAGUGUCCACCAGAGAGCAACCUUUUCCCCCUCUCCUCUUCUGGCAGAUACAUGGUGACAUCUGGAAUGGAUAAAAAACUGAAGGUGUACGACAUUAGAGCCUUCAAGCCUCUCAAGUCUUACUUCCUUCCUGCCGGGGCUUCCUGUUUGUCGCUGAGCCAGAGGGGGCUGCUGUCUGCCGCCACAGGAGACAUAGUUCAGGUCACUAUUACCUCUACACAGCAUGAAUAGUGGUUUGACUUUAAAAGUCCUUCUCGAGUACAGGAAGUGACACAUAUUCAGCAUCGAGUAAGGUCGGAAAAAAUCACACAGGAAAAAGCGGUGAAACAUAUCCACCACACACAGGAUGUUAUACUUAAAAUCCUCAUAAUACUGAUUCAAGCCUGUCAUAUUUGGGUGUCGUGUGUAUCUUAACUUUAAACCAGACCCACAUGUUUUACAUGAUACAACAUCUUGAUAGUGUCUUGAGCACUUGAACUAUGAGGAAGCAUGAGCCGCGGGAAAGAUAAUUAAUGCAGCGGUAAGGAGAACUUGUAGAACUUGUAUCUGAGAAAUGUGGUCAUAUGUUAAACAUACAUUAAACUUUUAGAAUGACAAAACCUCUCAGUUGAGGUGCUCCCUAAUAUUUUUCCCCUCCAUCCACAUGCACAAGAGAAGUGAUAAUUUAAGAGCACUUUCCAAUGUGAUGGACUUAACUGAACCACAGCCAUCCACAACAACUUGAGCAAUAAACAUCAGGUACAAUAUCCACCUUUAAAACUUCAAAGUGUCUGCAUUUCUUUAUCUCAAUCGAGGAGAAAACAGGUCAGAGCAAAGAGGAAAUAGAAGGUUUUUAUAUAUUUUUAAAAUAUCUUUCAACUUAUUUCAACAACUUUGGAGCAAUUUUUGUUGAACUUUUUUUGAAUUUUUGUUUGUAUGAAGUCAAGAACACAUGAGACAUUGAAGCUUUAAGGUCGAGAUUAUACUGCUGAAAUUGCUUUUGAUAAGCUGUUGUGUAAAUUACUUUAAUACCACUAAGAAAUAUGCUGAUAACAGUUUCUUCAAAAACCGUCUCUCUGCAGGUGUACAGGGACGUGUGGAGCACUCCAGUGACUAAACCCUACAUGGCUCACAGAGCUCAAGGAGCAGUUUGGGGGCUGCAGUUCUGCCCCUUCGAGGACGUCCUUGGUGUGGGGCAUGGAGACGGCUUCACCAGCAUGCUUGUACCAGGUUAAGCUUCAUUGUGUUUUAUACCCAAAUGUUACCCCUGGUUGGGGGCGCCACUUGAUCUCAGUUGGUGGGGCAGGCAUUCCAUGCACAGAAGCUACAGUUGCCAUAGCACCGGGCGUAGGAUUGAUUUGCGGUCCAUGACUCAUUUCCUCCCUAGUCUAUCUUUCCUCACUUCCUGUCUUUGUCAAGCUCUGAAGCACUACAAGUAAACGUAAAAAGCCCAGAGACUUUAAACCGUCCCUGCAGAAACGUCAGCCAUCUCCAGCUAUCAGGUCAUGAUUUACGUCAGACUCAAGUACUAUGGUGCGUUUGUAGAUCAUUAAACAUGUUCAACGACAUACCCUGAAUUUAUAUCUGAUCCAUACAGGUUAAUGAAAAACCUGUCCUCCUAACAGCCCAUGGUUAUCUGGUUUAUGGACGUUACUGUAGAUUUAGUGGACACAAAGGGUUGUUCUCACUGCAGUGAGCGCUCAGCACAUAUAAAGGCACUUUGAUAAGUACAGAUAAAGACGAACUUUAACCGGAUCAUAGAUUACACAGACAAUUCACCCUGAUAUCAGCAGUUUCAGCUACAGGUCUCGGUGCAAAUAUUUGGUUGAUGCAAAUAAAAUAUAGUCAGCUGCUCACAAAGGCAUUGGGCAACAAUGUUUGAUCAGGUCGUUUGUAGUGGAGGAACAAGACUCUGUAUUGUGCAGGAUUUUUUUUUUAGCAAUUUAUUCAGUAAAUAAACUCAUCUAUAUGUGGCAUAAUAAUUAAACCAAUUAUUAAAGCUUCAUAAUGGAGAACAAGUACAGGGCAGUCAGAGGAGUAAAGUCCUCCAGGAGCGGCUAUCUCUGAACUCUCUCUGUCUCUCUCCUGUCUUCAAUUUUGAACUCACAGGUGCAGGAGAGCCGAACUUUGAUGGUCUGGAUGCAAAUCCGUACCGUAGUGCAAAGCAGAGGCAGGAAUGGGAGGUUAAAGCCCUGCUUGAGAAGAUCCAACCAGAGCUCAUCAGCCUCGACCCUCAUGAGUUGGGACAGGUCGACCAAGCCUCCUUCAAGCAACGUCACCAAGACAGAGUCCAAGCUCUGGUUAGUGUCAGAAAGAGUCCUGUCAGUUAGAUGGCACAGUUGUGUUGUGACCGAAAGUAUGCUUACUCUGCAUGACUGAGAGGGGAAACACAUCAAGACCAUAUGAAUCCAACAAGAUAAGCAAGGGCAGAAACCAGCAGAGCAGAAGGUGGACCACACGAGCAAACUGGGCUGUCUCUGAGUCCAAGUUUACUAGCAUAUGACCAACUUGACUGGCAAACGCCUGACAACUGUUUGUUUUUCCAGUCACUGGGCAGGGAGGACUUUCUUGAGAAACAAGAAAGUCACAACAGGAAAGAAGUCAUGAACACAGCCUGCAGCUGUUCAGGCUAAUACCAACAUUUUGGAAAGUAGCUGCAGCAAAUCCACUACAUAAGACAAACCCACAAUACACAAUGAUCUCCCCUCCCCACCUCCAAUCUAUGAUACACUCAACACACGCAUAGCAUUUUCAACAAGAAGCCAAAGCAUGUGUUCAUAUUGACUUGAUGAAUCUCCAAAUGCCAGGAUAUUUGUCUAAAAACUGUGAAGUCUUGAUGGUGACAGUACUGUCCAAACAAUACCGAUUAUUUCAUCCCAGUUUAGUUGAAAAUAUGAUCCCGGUAAGCCUCGGUCACGUCACAAACCAGCUUGGCAUGAUGAUUAAAACAAGCUAAAAUUGGACAGUUUUGCUGCAUUGAGCAUGGACUUGCAUUUAUGUUGAUCCAGGAGGUAUCAGCAAAAUGUCGUUAUAAGAUCUAGAUCAGUAUUUUAAGUUCAUUUCAAAAGGAUGACCUCUGAUUGCAGUGAUUGAUUUUUUUUUUUUUUUUUCAAAUAUUUCAAACAACCCGCUGACGACACUUUUUGUUAUGGUUUCAGGGUUUUGAUCCACUUGCCACAGAGAAAUUCAUUCCCAGGCACAAGAAAAAAGGUCGCAGUUCCGCUGGAAAUAUUGAAAAACGGAAGAAACAAGUGGCUCACGAAGACCAGAGGGUAAGUAAAAGAAUAAAAAUAAAGAUUAUUGUGAUUUGUCUGCUUUAAUGUUUGGCUCACUUGUCUUGACUUCUUCUUUCUUAAGACUGUGAUCAGGAGAACCGUGGAGGACAAAAUGAAGAUCCAACAAGAGAGGGAGGCGAGAGAAAAGAAGGCGGCUGUGUUAUCCAGCCAGAAAUCUGCUUUGGACAGAUUCAAAAAGUAGAAAAGGAGGACCCUUUGUGCGACCAAAAACCCAGUGGAAUUCUGUGGGUGCGACCUUUGAACUUUAUUAGGAGGGAACAUUUUUUGGAACAUAGCUCGCCAUGGCUCGAACCAAACAACAGCAGGAAUACUGGAAGUAGUCUGUUAAAAGGGACUCUCUCUGAAGGGGGAGCAUUCAUCUGUGUUUGAGGUUGAGUGCUGUGCUAGGACAGUUCUACUCAAUGCCUGUAGCCUGAAGCACUCUCUGUCUGCAUGAGCGGAUAAUGUGAGGUGCCAUGGCUGCUGUGGGUGCAACUAUAUUUCACUCACCACUAACCUUGUGAAAUAUAGUUCUGCAAAAGCAAAACUGACUGUGUGUGAUCGUUUUUUUGUAUCACUAUGUAAAGAAAUAAAAAAUCAGUUGCCAAAC